AUGGAAGAAUUUCGCUAUAACGGUACAUUUUUAUUGGUCACAUACUAUGAUAUUGAGAAGUGCUGUGAGGGAGACUACUGUAACGACGGUGUGCCGAAGUGCGACAAGGACACGUGCUGCGAAAGGAAGGUAGAUCCCCCCGUCAAAUGCAAGGAUGCGUAUGUAGACUGCAAGCAUGGCUACAAGCUGAUUGAGAAUGAGAAGUGCUGCAACGGUGACUACUGCGAGGAUUGCGUGCCCAAAUGCGACAAGAAGACUUGCUGCAAAAAGAAAGAGGAGCCACCCAUUAAAUGCAAAGACUCAGACGUGCAUUGUAAGUGUGGCUACAAACUGCCAAAGCAUGAGAAGUGCUGUGACAGCAAAUACUGCGAGGAUGGAAUGCCGAAAUGUGACAAGCAGGUUUGCUGUGAGAAGAAGGUUGAUCCCCCAGUCAAAUGCAAGAACGCGUAUGUAGACUGCAAGCAUGGCUACGAGUUGAUUAAGAACGAUAAGUGUUGCAACGGCGACUACUGCGAGGAUUGGGUGCCCAAAUGCGACAAGAAGACAUGUUGCGAGAAGAAAUAUGAACCACCUACCGAGUGCAUUGAAUCUUGUAUUAAAUGUCAUCACAGCCACAAAUUAAGGGCAAACAAGAAGUGUUGCGACAACGACUAUUGCGGUACCCCCCUACACAAGUGUGAUAAGAGGACAUGUUGCGAGAAAAAG